AUGCCAAUCCCUGCGACGCGGAAAGCGAAGAAUCGAGUGAAGAAGCUCCGCUCAAAAGGCGACAUUAUUCCGUAUGAGACUCCACCUACAAGAGAAAUUUACGCUCACAGCAGUGUCAGCAUCAGUGCGGGAGAACCUGCCGUACCCCCAGUCGAAGAGGAACUCGCCGUGCCCCCAGUCGAAGAGGAAUCCGCCGUACCCCCAGUCGAAGAGGAACCCGCUGAAGAAACUCUCAGACGAAUGCCACAAGAGAUUGUCAGCUCGGAGUUUUCCCCAGCAAAUGUCCGAAUGAACAGAUUCUCGAAGAGGCAAUUCUCGUCGUUGAAAGAUGACAAUCGCAUGGAGCCGGUAGGGGAUUCCAACAAGAAGUCGCGGAUAGCAUCGCGAGAGAUCGAGGCUACCGACGCAGGGUCGACUUCGGAGGAACCGACAAUACAAUGGGGAGCUUUGAAUGAAGAAGAGCGCCUCUUACUCGAUGAUCUCCAGGCAUCGAAUGCCGAAUCGAAGGCAGACCCUGUCGAGUCAAAGGUCGUCGCUGCAACGAAGGGACGCGAUGAUGACCGGUUCCUUGAACAUUGUGUGACCAACAACUUCGCCUUUUUGAAAUCUAUACCGAAUUCGGUGCAGUAUUGGGCGUCCAGAAAAAGGGAUUUGUUCGCUAUGAUAAGGCAACUCGGGGAACCGAGCUUUUUCCUGACGAUGAGUGCCAACGAGAUUCGUUGGCCUCAUUUGUUGCAAAUCUUGCAUAAGCUUAGAACAGGCGUGACGACCGAUGUGGACGAUCCGAUGAACCAGUUCUCUGCUAAGUACAGGGCCGAUCUGGUGAACGAAGACUCUGUCACAUGUUGUAUCUAUUCCUGGAAAAUGAUCGGAGCAAUAAUGAAUAUUCUCCAGUCCGAUGAAAUGAGUCCUCUCGAUCCAAAUCGCGUCAUAGAUUAUUUCAUGCGUGUUGAGUUCCAACAUCGCGGAAGUCCACAUGUUCACGUUCUUCUCUGGCUCGAAAGCGAUCCCAAGGAAGCAGUGUCGGAGCAUAUGCCCCGAACUGUCGAGUUGAUAAAUCGGUUGUGCUCAGUCGACACAGAACAUACAAUUGUAGAUCAACAUUGUCGGGCCCUCCAAGUUCGUAAACAUACAUUCACUUGUUAUAAGAAUGAUACGAACUCACGUCAACGAUCAGGAAAAUGCCGUUUCAAUAUACCGUAUUGGCCUAGCUUGACAACGCAAAUACUUCUGCCAAUGGCGAAGGAUGAUGGUCGACGAUCGAAUUUUCGCAAAAAAGGUCACGACAUGAAAAAAGCAUUGGAUGACAACGAGUACGCGAGUAUUGAAGAAUUUCUGUCAAGCUUCGCUCUGGACUACGAUCAAUAUUUGAAUGUCAUUCGAGCGACGAUUCUGCGUCCAACAAUCAUUUUCAGAAGGACCAUUAAAGAUAUAUGGACGAAUACAUACAAUCCCUGGAUUGCGAACACCUUGAAGUCGAACAUGGACUUCCAAUUCAUAUUGGAGGAAUAUAGCUGCGCAUCCUAUGUCGUCGAAUACAUCAACAAGACCAAUCGCGGUCUGUCCAAUUUACAGCGCCAAUUGAAAGAUCUGCAGAACGAGUACCCCGACCAGAAUUUCACUGAUCUUCUCAAAAGAAUCAGUAUUCGGAUGCUCGACGCGGUAGAGAUGUCAACCCAGGAAGCUGCGUGGUAUCUCUUGAGACAGCCGAUGAGCGAAUCUAGUCGAGACAGCGUUUACAUAGAUUGCAACGUUCCCAACAGUCGGUUCGUCUGUCGGGAGAGCAAAGCUCAGAUGGAAACUGAAAACUUGACAGACGAUUCGACAGACAUCUGGGCUCGUAACGCAAUUCAGAAGUAUGAGAGUCGACCCCCAGCGUUGAGCUCCAUGUGCUUAGCCGAUUUUGUAGCCAUGAUGACACCUGUUCGAAGGAAACGUGAUUCGGACGGGCAUCAAGUCUAUAGACGGCGGACUCGCAGCCGAAUCAUACGAUGGACGAUAUAUGAGGUGUCUGACGUUACAAACUAUAAGCGCAGUAUGGUGUUGCUGUUCUUCCCCUUCAAUAAUGAACACAACGAUCUACUGGAUCAUGAUAAGCUCAUUGAUAUUUAUGAUCAGCAUGAGAGGGAAAUUCUCCAGCGACGUCAACGAUAUGAAGUUCUCGAAAAUUUAGCGGAAAAUAUUGCGGAAUAUCAUGUGUUGUGGGAUAACAUGUCGUCAGAAGAUCACGAAGUCGAUAUCCAGUCCGAACAGGGUUAUGUUCAUCGACCUGAUGUUUUGGCGGAGCUCUCCAAUGAAGACAUUCGCAACGUAGCCAUUCCCAACUCGCUGUCUUCAGUUAUCCGGAAGCGGACUAACGUUCUAUCCUCUAUUGACUAUUGCGAGUCGAUGCGAAAAACUAACUUCGAGCAAAGAGCUCUUCUGAAACAUUGCAUAGCUAGAAUUCAUAAUCCAGAACUGCCUCCAGUCCAGAUAUUCUUGACUGGCGCUGCCGGUUGCGGCAAGACCUUCACACUGAAAUUGCUUAUGGAGACAUAUAAUCGUUUUUCUCAAGCACAUGAUACGCAACGGAAUGUCUACGUUGCCGCUGCUUCGACCGGGAAAGCCGCUGUACUAAUCGGAGGCACGACAGUGCAUAGUGCUUUCAAUAUAUCGAUGAUUCAACGACGAGGGGGACUCUCUUUCGAAGCUUUGCAACUCUAUCGUAACGCCUUCGCCAAUGUGAAGAUCAUUUUCAUCGAUGAGAUAAGCAUGAUCGGGUCGGGCAUUUUUCAUACCAUCAAGGAUCGUCUGAAAAGCAUCAACAUGGAACACGAUCUACCAUUUGGUGGCAUGGAUAUCAUUUUUUGUGGUGAUCUGCGACAGUUGCCACCAGUUAAUAUGACACCGAUCUAUGCACCUCUGCAACGUGGCCUCCAUCGCUCAGCGCUGUGGCAAUCGCUUAAGUUCUUUCCUCUGUCUCAGGUGAUGAGGCAGAGCGAUGUUGCCUUCUCUGGGCUUUUGACUAAGAUUGGUAAUGGUGAUGAGCUUGACAGUCAAGAGCAGGCUCUCAUUGAAUCAAG